AUGGUGUACCCAGGCCUUAUGGUGUCCAUCAUUGUGAUGAACAUGUUCUGGGGGCUCGUGGGUUUCUUUGUCCCAUGCUUUAUCCCCAAAGGACCCAUUCGAGGGGUUAUCAUCACCAUGCUAAUAACCCGUGCUGUUUGCUGCUACCUCUUUUGGCUGAUUGCUAUUUUAGCCCAGCUCAACCCUCUCUUUGGGCCACAGUUAACAAAUGAAACCAUCUGAUAU